AUGGGAAAAUGGCGAUAUGGCGUGAUCCUGGACGCUGGUUCGUCUGGGACGCGUGUGCAUAUCUAUCGAUGGUUGAAUAAUUUCAAGGCGCGCCAGAGCGAUGACCCGCAUAAGUUGACAUCGCUCCCCGAAAUAACUACCAAGGAGGACUGGACGAAGAAGAUUCAACCUGGUAUAUCGACUUUCGCCGACAAACCGGAACUCGUCGGACCUGACCAUCUGAACGACUUACUUCAACAUGCUCUCGACGUUGUGCCGGAAGCUGCUGUCAAAGACACCCCCGUUUUUCUAUUGGCCACCGCUGGCAUGCGACUAUUGAGCGACGUGCAGCGAAACCAGAUUUUGAAUAACGUGUGUUCGUUCUUCCGCUCCAACUCGAAAUUCCUACUCCCCGAAUGCGAUAUACAUAUACAAGUCAUACCUGGUGAGACAGAAGGUCUUUACGGAUGGAUUGCUGCAAACUACCUGCUGGGAAGUUUCGACUCGCCAGAAGAUCACGCCCACGGAAAAGAGCAUCAUACCUAUGGCUUUCUCGACAUGGGAGGUGCAUCCGCCCAGAUUGCCUUCGUGCCGAAUGCCACAGAAACCGAAAAACAUGCCAAUGAUCUUAAAUUACUGAGGUUGCGAAAUGUGGAUGGCUCUACUCAGGAGUUCAAGCUGUUCGUCACGUCGUGGUUGGAGUAUGGUGUUCGCGAGGCGCGUCGUCGUUUCGUUGCAGCUAUACAAGAAUCGGUUGGCUCGCCUGAUGUCAAAGAAUACCCGGAUCCUUGUCUCCCAGCCGGAUUGCGAACGACGCUCGAUGGUAAAUUAGCGGAAGAUGCGCCUGAGGAACCGCUCUUGCUAGGCACAGGACGCUUCGAUGAGUGUAUACGCCAGACAUACCCAUUGCUUGACAAAGACGCACCCUGCGCGGAUGAGCCUUGUCUGUUACAUGGCAUUCACGUCCCCGCCAUCGACUUUGAUGUCAAUCAUUUCGUCGGCAUCAGCGAAUAUUGGCAUACUACACACGAAAUUUUCGAAAUGGGAUACAAGGACAAAGCCUACGACUUUAAUACCUAUCAACAAAGAGUUAGCGAAUUCUGUUCCCAAGAUUGGGAUUCUAUUAGCCUGGGUAUAGGCGAGUCACGAUGGGGUUCUAAAGUCACCGCUAUCAAAGCACAAGAGGUUUGCUUCAAAGCUUCUUGGAUCAUCAACAUGCUCCAUAGUGGUAUUGGCAUUCCGCGAGUCGGCAUUGAAGAUACGGGUUCUUCUACCCAUAAUGGCACAAAAGAAGUAUUACAGCACGGCAAAGAAAAAGGAUAUCUUGACCCGUUCCAAGCUGUCAACAAGAUUGACUCUACCGAAGUCAGCUGGACGCUCGGCAAAGUCGUGCUGUAUGCUUCAUCUCAGGUUCCUGCUGUCGAAGUCAAUGCUCUUCCUGUCGGAUUCGGAAGCAAUGAACCAGGCAUCCCAAGUGACUUUCAAUAUCCUAGUGUUGAGCUUGUCCCCGGCCCUGGACCGGUGGCAGAAGAGAGCGAGAGUUGGCACGAUACCUUAUUUGGUGGAGAAUCUCCUCGACGGGUUCCAGGCUUGCUUUUGUUCGUGCUCAUCAUCGUGAUUGCAUUGUUCUUCCUCUGUGGUCGUACCCGUCGUUCAAGGCUCUACAUUAAAAUACAAAACAUGUUCAAACGCGGUGGAGUGCGAAUGCGCCGUAAAUAUCCCGGAAAACUUUCAUUCAUCGGACGCAAUGGCCCGGCAUAUGAACGAGUUUUGGAGGAUGGUGCAGCUCAGUUUGAGCUUGCUGGCGCAGACACCGACAGUGAUGACGAUGGAUAUGCAGCAGACUCUGAUGGUAUAAGCCCGUCCCACUCCAAGCGCAACUCAUACAAAGGCUCAGCAACGGGGCUACAAACACCUGGCCUCAAAUUUGAAUUCGACAAUGUGUCUUCCAGCAGUAUCGGCCUAGGAAUCAACACAGCAAAUGUCUUGGAUCGACAAGGCCUCGUCGUGAGGACCGAGAGCCGAGAGCACCUAGUUCCCACAGCUACUCAAGGCAGUCGGUCUCGCACUGAUCAAGAUGCAAUCGACUUUACGGAUAACGACAUCUCCUCCCUCGCAAACUUCCCUCACUUCCCCCGUCUACGAACGUUACUGCUCGCGCGCAAUCGUGUAAAUCACAUCCAGCCGUCGUUGGCGUCCUCGAUACCAAACUUGGAGAACCUGGUGCUUACGGCAAAUAAUAUGGGUGAAUUGGCGGAUUUGGACCCCCUGCGCGGGUUUGCGAGGCUUACGCAUGUGGUUUUGAUGGAGAAUCCGGUUACGAGGAAGGAGCAUUACCGGUACUGGGUCAUUUGGAGAAACCCUCACAUCCGAUUCCUGGAUUACCAGAAAGUGCGAGAUGCUGAACGCGCCAGAGCUACAGAGCUGUUUGGCACAUUCGAUGAACCCUCUGCGCUCGCAUCGAAGAUUAUGGGUAUCAAGUCUCGAACAUUCGAUGUCACGUCUACAGCAGCUGGUGCCAGCACCGGUGCCGGUGUGGCCGACAGGGCUAUUCGCGUCAAGCUGACGGACGCUGAGCGCAAGCGUGUUGAGAAGAUGAUUCGCGAAGCCAAGAGUUUGCAGGAAAUUGCUCGUCUAGAGAAGGAGUUGAACGAAGGACGGAUUCCGGGUGGUGCACUGGAUGGACUUGAGGAUGAGGAUCAGAUGCAAAUGUAG